AGGCACAUACUGGAGUUUGUGCUGCAUUGGGUGAAUAAAGCUCAGUAAACAUCACAAGCAGCUAUGGCUCUCAACUCUGAUGACAAAAAGCGCAUCAAGGCCAUCUGGACCGCUAUGGCUGGCCAUGGAGAUGUGUAUGGCGGGGAAGCCUUGUACAGAAUGUUCCUUCACAGCCCCCAGACAAAAACCUACUUCCCAAACUUUGACUUCAGCAAGAACUCAGCCCAAAUCAAGGCUCAUGGCAAGAAGGUGGUGGAUGCCCUGACUGAGGCUGUUAAUCACCUGGACAACAUCGAAGGCUGCCUGUCUAAACUGAGUGACCUUCAUGCCUUCAAUCUGAGAGUGGAUCCUGGCAACUUUGGAUUGCUCCGUCACAACAUCUUGGUGGUCAUGGCCAACCAUUUUCCUAAGCAGUUUGACCCCUGCACCCACCAGUCCGUGGACAAAUUCAUAACCGCUGUGAGCACAGCACUGACCUCCAAGUACCGUUAAGAUGUAUUUGACAUCAUAGCUGUGGGUUCACCAUCACCCUCAAAAUACUUGUUCAAAACAAACAUGAUCUGAAAUAAAAGAGUUUUCAACUGAAAUAAA